AUGUCCUUCCGCCGCCCGCGCUCGCCCUCUCGCCCGCUCCUCUCGACCCGCUCGCAGUCGCCGUCUCCGCCUCCCACACCCGACGCAGAGGACCCGUACGCGCCGAGACAGCCGGGACUGCCGCUCUACACGGCCAGGAAGAACUCACACACGAAGGACAGGCAGGACAUGGUCGAGGUGGUCGACAGCUCGACGGCGAGGAGACGCGUGCCCGGACAGUCGCCUGCCGUCUUGUUUGAUGCAUCGGGAGCGGCGGGAGGAGACGCGCAGGACACGGUGGACGAGUACGAUGCGGAUGUCGAGGGAGCUCAGGGGUUUGCGCGCGCACGGAGAGACAGCAAGAGUGACAAGGGCGAGAAGGACGUCUGGCCCGUCAGCGGGAUAGGGAUGGAGGGCAGGAUUCCCGAGACGAGGCAGGAGUUCUUGCAGAAGGGCGGAAAGGCUAGGGCGAGGCGGGAACCGGUCAGUUGGCGCGCCAUCGGUCGGGAAGUCGUCAGCGACUUGCGCGCCCAAAUACCCCUCAUCAUCUACACCAUCCUCUCCCUCUUCACUCGCCUCUACCGCAUCGGCGCCAACAACACGGUCGUCUGGGACGAGGCCCACUUCGGCAAGUUCGGCGCAUACUACCUCAACCGGACGUUCUACUUCGAUGUUCACCCCCCUCUCGGCAAGAUGCUUGUCGGCCUCGCCGGCGCCCUCUCCGGCUUCAACGGCUCAUUUGACUACCCCUCCGGUGCCGUCUACCCCGACCACGUUCCCUUCCACGCCAUGCGUAUCAUGCUCGCGCUUCCUGGUGUCGCGAUGGUUCCGCUUGCUUGGGGAACGGCGGUCGAAUUGAGGAUGACCAAGUGGGGCAGGCAUAUCGUCACGCUCAUGGUCCUGACAGAUCUCGCGUGGCUCGCCAUUUCGCGCUUCGUCCUCCUUGACUCGCUCCUCCUCUUCUUCACCUUCACGACCGUCUACUGCCUCGCGUGCUUCAAUAACCAACAAAGACGGCCAUUUGAAGAGGACUGGUGGAUCUGGCUGACCCUGACCGGCAUUUCGAUCGGUUGCGUCUGCUCCGUCAAGUGGGUCGGGAUGUUCGUGACCGCCCUCGUCGGCCUCUAUACGGUCGAAGACUUGUGGAACAAGCUCGGCGACCUGCGCAUGUCCUUUCGCACCUACGCCCGUCACUGGGUUGCCCGUAUCCUCUGCCUCAUCGUCAUUCCCUUCUUCGUUUACGCCCUCACCUUCAAAAUCCACUUCCUCAUCCUCAACCACUCCGGCCCGGGCGACUCGCAGAUGUCGUCGCUCUUCCAGGCGCACCUCCACGGCAACGAUUUUGCUCAGAAUCCGCUCGAGCCCGCAUUCGGCUCGCGCAUUACGCUGAAGAACAUGGGCUACGGCGGCGGUCUCCUCCACUCGCACGUCCAGACCUAUCCGGUCGGCUCGCAGCAGCAGCAAGUGACGUGCUAUCACUACAAGGACGAGAACAACGAUUGGGUCCUUACGCCGACGUGGGAGGCCGACCAGAUCGACCUUGAGAACGGCGAGAUCGUCUUCCUCCGCCAUGGCGACCAACUCCGCCUCGUACACGCCUCGACCGGCCGCAACCUCCAUUCGCACGCGAUCGCUGCGCCCGUGACGAAGCUAGCGAACGAAGUCUCGUGCUACGGUAACGCGACAGUCGGCGACUCGAACGAUUACUGGGUCGUCGAGGUCGUCGAUGACUUCCUCCGCGGCGCGCGGCACAAGUUCGACCGCAUCCACUCGCUCUCGACUCGCCUGCGCUUCAAGCACCUCAACUCGGGAUGCUACCUCCGCGCUGCGAACGCCGUCUUGCCGCAGUGGGGAUUCAAGCAAGUCGAGGUCAGCUGCGAGAAGGAGAACAACCCGAAGGACGAGCACACCUAUUGGAACAUCGAGUCGCACUGGAACGAGCGCCUCCCGACCGGCAACCAGAAGCUGUACCGCUCGCCCUUCUUCCGCGACUUCUGGCACCUCAACGUCGCCAUGAUGACGUCGAACAAUGCGCUCGUCCCUGACGCCGACAAGGAGGACACGAUCGCGUCCAAGCCGUUCGAGUGGCCGUUCCUCUGGAAUGGCAUGCGCAUGAACGGCUGGCAAGACUUUGGCAUCAAAUAUUACUUGAUCGGCAACCCCGUCACGUGGUGGCUCAGUUCGGCGAGCUUGAUCGUCUGGGCGUUCACCCUGCUCUGGCACCUCAUGCGCUUCCAGCGCAAGAUCAACGACUUCGCUCCUGGCGAGUGGAACCACUUCCUGUACCUCUCGAAAAUCGCGUUUGGAGGCUGGUUCUUCCACUACUUCCCCUUCCUCAUCAUGGGUCGCGUCACCUACCUCCACCACUACCUCCCGACCCUCUGGUUCUCCGUCCUCAUGGCCGGCGUCCUCCUCGACCACUUCUUCUUCCGUUCGCGCCGCCUUACGGGCCGAACCAAGACACUCGUCUUCGCCAUCGUCGCAGGCGCCGUUGUCGGGACGUGGUGGUGGUUCCGAGCGUGUGCGUGGGGAAUACACGGACCCGCAAGCAACCUCUGGGGACGGAAGUGGCGAAAGACCUGGAACAUUUACGACUAG